GACGAAGAUGAUAUUUGAUGAAUAUGAAAUGGUGAUGAUAAUGAUGAACAGUAUUAUCGUUUUACUAGAUCUAAUUCAUUUUAAUUUACUUUGAUAAGUUAUUAAUUGAUAUAAAAUUAUGUUUUAAUUCUCAGGAAAUGCCCCGAGCUCCGAAAUGGAAUCAAGAAACAAUGAACAACGCACUCCGGAGAGUGAGGUUAGGAGAGCUCUCAAUAAAAAAGGCGGCCAAAGAAUAUCAGGUCCCAUACGGGACAUUACGGGACAAAGUAGCCGGAAGGACACCAGCAGAGGUUUUACGGUAUGGUCCUCGCCCAUUUCUCACAACGAACGAGGAAACAGAGAUAGUCAACUGGGCAGUAAAGAUGGGACGUGUUGGCUUCGGUCAGAAAAUGGAAGACAUCCAGAACGUUGUGAAGAGAAUGAUGGAAAAGGAGAAACGGACGAACCCUUUCGUGGCCAAUAGACCGGGCAGACGGUGGUGGACAAGUUUCCG